UAGUGGAGAGAUUUAAAGUUAGAAUAGUGGUGUUUGUGAUGAGAAUGAUCACCACUUUUGCUGCAGCUCAAGUGGGGAGUGAGUAAUAAAACAACAAAGUUUUCUCUCCCUUAAUUCCCCACAAGCAGAAGCUCAUUCAUGGUGGGAAUCUAGCCAGAAAAAGUGCAGAAGAGUAUGGAGUCAAAAACCAAUAAAAGGCAUCAUUAGCCUACCAAUAGGCCUACCUUUUGAUGCAUUGGGAAUCUUAUUCUUAAAGCAUGAGAUUCCCCCACCAUUACCAAAGGGUUGACCUCCUCCUCUUCUUCUUCUUCAGCAAAUUUAUCAAAGUGGAGCCUUGAUUUUCCAUUGAUCAUUCAUUGCGCUUUUCCUGAAUGCUUAGCCCCACCAAGCAAUGGUCAUUAAUAUAAUUAGAAAAGAAAAAGAAGAAGAGAAAGGAGAGAAAAAGGGAGACAGAGAGAAGAAUGAAGAGAGCAUCCAAUUAUAACCUUUUUGAAGUCUAUGUUAUCUUUACAUACGAAACCUCUCUUUCUAACGGCUAUAUAAAUUUCAUGCAUCUUCUGCCCUCCUCCCGGAUACUGAACAUAACAUGAAUGUGAAGAGUAAACUAAUCUCAGUUCUCAUCUCAGUAAAAAACCAGUUCUCUUCGAUGAGCAAAGACACCACCGCCACCGCCCGCCACAUCCUCUCUGACAUCGAAGCAGCCAUUGUUAAGAGCUCCGACGGCUCCGAACACCUCCCAGAUGACAGAUAUGUGAAUGAAAUCCUCUUCCUCAUCUCCAAUUCCCCUGGUUCAAUCACCUUCCUCGCAAGAAGGCUCUCUGAGAGGGUGGAGACCUCGCGAAAUCUCACGAGGGUGAUCAAGACCCUUGCGCUUCUCCAUCGUCUUCUUCGUGGCGGCGACCGCUUCUUUGAACAGGAUAUGAGGCUCUUGUGGUCAUCAGGAGACCUCAGGAUCAGUCUCCAGCUUCAUACUGCUCCUUUUGUUAUGAAUUACUCUUUGUUCCUGCAAGAAAGAAUAGAGUGGCUCAUAAACCCAGCAGGAAAGCUGGAGCCGGUUAGACCACAGGGACUUGAGAUCCAAGAUUGUGGGGAGGAUUAUAAAGCGGCUGAGCUUCUGCUCUACAACGCAUCGAAAUGUCAAGCGCUUCUGGAUCGAGUCAUGGCUUGUCUGCCCGACAGCAGAAAUUUGCAGCAGAGUCAAUUGACUAUUUUUGCUCUCAACAUCAUAGUGAGAGAGAGUUUUCGUGUCUAUGAAAGCUUUUGCGAAGGAUUUGAGAUGGUUUUAACUUCGUUUUUUGACCUUAAGAGACCUGCAAGGUUUUCAGCUCUUGGUAUUCUGAGAAAGGCAAUCUGGCAGACGCCUAAGCUACAAGAGUUUUAUGCUUCUUGCAAGAGAGUUAUUACAGGGAAGAAUAUGGAGUUUCCAUCAAUAAGAAUUAUAACAGAAGAAGACAUUUCUUCUAUGGUACAGUUUGCUUUAGCCGAAGAAGCUUCAUAUGAGGAGAAGAGGCUGAUGAAAAAGAUUAACGGGGAGAAAGAAAAUCAAGAAGGGCGGGCCAGUGAGGAAGAGUGGAGCAGUCCAUUCUCAGAAAAGCUGGAGACGAAGAUAAGUACAGUUUGGGUGGUGUUCACUGAGGGAGAAGAUGUUCCUCUCACUGAAGGUGAGAUGUUAUGACCCUGCUGGUAAAUCUUUUUGACUUUCCAAAAAUUUCCCCUUUUAUUUUUUCUUUUAUUGGCUUGAGCUUGUCAUGAAGUAAUAGAAGCAUUGAAAUGAUAAUUAUAUUCUUUCUAUUAAGACUUUGGGAAGUGUGUAUUAUUAGAAAGAAUGUAGGUUUUCUUAACACUUUAAGAUUUGAUGUGCUAUGGUCCACCUCUUGCGUGAGUGAAGAAAAUGACAUUUGCAUAAUGUGACAUCCAAAUGUACGUAUAUCCACAGUAUAGUAAAAAUAAUUAUUCUAAUGGA